GUGUGCAGCCGUUUGCAGAAGUUGGAGCCCGCUUUCGAACUGUUUCGGCUUGAGGCGCAGUUCAAGGAGCCUUCGCGACUCUUCCGGCCAUUCUUGUGUGGCCACUUCGGCUCAAAAAGAAGCGAAGGGUCUCGAUCCGGGACCAUAGAAGACCGAUUGAGAGAGAGGGAGGGAGAGAGCGAGAGAGAGAGAGCGCCCGGAAGAGCCAUGGCACUUCUUCUCAAGCUUUCGAUGCUUGCGGUGACAGCUGCCGCACUGCCGGCCUUUCCACCUUCGUGGGGAUCCCCGCCGGAAAUCAUGACGAUGGACUAUGGCCCGUUGGCUGGGGGCUAUGGUCACGGAUCCAGCUCAUUGUCGACAUGGAUCUACCAGAACAUGCAAGAGGACCUCUCUGCCGGCCGACCACAGUACCCCCCAGACUUCGGCCCACCACCGAAGGCGCAGACUCGGGACCUGCGGCCCCUGCCUUUCGGCUACGGUUUCGGCUCUGGGACCAUGGCGAAAUGGCUGACCAAGAAAGCCAAGGAGGUCUACAAUGAGACGCCGGAGGAUUUCGAGGGCAUCGCAUCCGCUUUGGAGACAGCACCAGGUGGUCGUCGAGAUCUGAGACCGACGGAAGUGAUGAUGUGA